AUGGAACAGAAUGAAGAUUCUGAGGAGGAAAGUGAAGAAGCAGCAGCAGGAACGACAACAGACGUACAAUGUGUAAGGGGUGAAGCAAUCAUGGAUACGUGUGCGCAGGGAAAAGAAAAUGAUGGAAGUUUAUUAGGAAAAUUAAAUUGCAUAAACAUAGAAAAAGACCAUGUAAUAGAUAUAGAAAGUAAAAUAAAAAAAAUAUUGGAAAAUUGUGAAAAUUGUAAAAAAUAUAAAAAAUAUCAAAAUUAUGAAAAUUCUGGAAAAGCUGAAGAACGAGGGGGAAAGGCAGAAAAGACGGAAAACAUAUUCGAAAAGGAAAAUAGUAACAACUUAUGUACAUACGAAGGCAUAAGUAAAAAUGAUUUUUCACUCCCCAUUUUUUUCCCUUCAAGUAAAGAUGAUAAUAACAAAAACUGUAAUGCAUGUAACUAUUGUGAGGAUGUAUGUUUUUCUAUGAUAUGUAAAAAGUGCAAAAUAAAAAGAAAAAGUUUAUACAGAAAGUAUAAAAAAUAUAAAAAACACAAUUUAAGAAUUUGUCAAAAUGAAAUGAAAUUAGCUAUGCAAUUGAAAAAAAAGGCUCGUGAAAUCUUACUGUCCAUUCGUCAUCAGAAAAUGGAAGAACAAAUGAGCAAAGGGGAUGGGGGAGAAGGUAAAGAAAGAGUUGAUAAGACAUUAACAAAAGGUAGUAAAAAAACAUAUCACUCAACUCCCCAAGGUAAUGAUAAAAAUUACAAGCAUUUAAUUUUAAGCACAGAAGAAGAAAACACAAAUAAUAAUAUCAACACUAAGGACGAUAAAUAUAAUGCACUAAAUGCUCUUAUCAGUAGAAGUAAGAGUACAACAAAUUCGGAAGGUGAAAAUGAAAAAAAUUUUUUUACAUAUUAUAACUACAUAAAAUAUAAAGAAUAUUUUACAGAAUGUGAAAUAAAAAGGCAUUGUCAAGUAAAUGAUUGUUGGGUUGUUGCAAAUCAAAACGUUUAUGACGUAACAACAAUUCUAAAUCAUCACCCAGGUGGUAAUAAUUGUAUUUUAAAUAAAGCAGGUCGUGAUGUUUCAGUUGAUUAUUUCUAUCAUUCAAAAUAUGCUCAAAAGAAAUUUUGGGAACCAUUAAAAAUAGGAAAAGUUAUAACAUGUACAAAAGAAAUUGCUGAGGAAAAAAAAAAAAAAAAAAGCCUCAAUUCUGUCAUAAAAAAUAAGUGUUCCUUGAUGUAG